GAUAUACCCGUGGGUCAUGGUUCGGUCGCCAUAGGAAAAAGGUUGGUACUAAAGAGGAAAGCCUAAGCUCUCACCUCUUCGACUUAGGGUUUAUUGUUUAUCAUCCUCCUGUCAAUUGCUUUGAUUCCUUCCCAAAAUUUCAUUACUCUCACGCUUUUUAGUGUGCGGGGUAUUGUCAUGGAGAUACAGACAUGUGGUAAACCGAUUGAUUCGCUGUUAGAGAAGGUGCUUUGUAUGAAUAUAUUAUCCUCUGAUUAUUUCAAAGAGCUUUACCGAUUAAAGACUUACCAUGAAGUCAUUGAUGAAAUUUACAAUCAAGUUGAUCAUGUCGAACCGUGGAUGACUGGGAAUUGUCGUGGUCCUUCUACUGCAUUCUGCCUUCUUUACAAGUUUUUUACCAUGAAACUUACUGUCAAGCAAAUGCAUGGGCUACUGAAGCACCCUGAUUCUCCUUACAUUAGAGCAAUUGGAUUCCUCUACUUGAGAUAUGCUGCCGAUCCGAAGACUUUAUGGAGUUGGUUUGAACCAUACAUCAAAGAUGAAGAGGAAUUCUCCCCUGGAUCUAGUGGACGAAUGACCACAAUGGGCGUGUACGUGCGUGAUUUACUUCUUGGACAGUACUACUUUGAUACUCUUUUCCCCCGAAUCCCUGUUCCUGUGUUGCGGCAGGUGACAUCCAAUCUUGAGAAGAUGAAGCUGCCUACUAAACCUUCAGGUUCAACUGGGGAUAAUAACCGUCAUGGAUCUGAUGACACUGCUCGCCGCCCACCUUCUGUAAAAGCAGCACUUUCUGUCUCCUUUGGUCAGCGUGCCCCCCAUCGGGCAUCGACCAGGGACUCUUCCCCUGUGCGUCGCACUCUACCCCCAUCACCUUAUGACAGAUCCAGUGGUGAUGAUGCAAGGAGGUCUCCCAGCCACCGUCGCAGCCAGAGCCGUGAUAGAGAGUAUUCUGACAAGGAUAGGGAUCGGAAUCGUGAUAGGGAUAGGGAAAGGGAGAGGAGCAGGGACCAAGACCGGGGUUGGGGUCGGGACCGUGAUAGGGAACGAGAUAGAAGCAGGGAUCGGGAUCGGGAUCGUGAUUGGGAUCGUAAUAGAGAAAGAAACAGGGAGAGGGAGAGGGAGCGAAGACAUGAUUAUGAUAGAAGGUCAAGGUACGCUGAUGAAAGUAGGCGAUACAGGAGCAGAAGCCGAAGUCCGAGUGUGAGCGGAAACAGGAGGAGCAGAAGUCAGAGUGAGCAAGGUGGGAAUAGUCAUUAUGAUCGACUUCCAAGUCCAGCAAAAGAGGGAAGCAAGGCAUCCAGUAAUUUGGCGAAGCUGAAAGAUCUGUACGGUGAUGUAAGUGAUACAAAGGGAGAUGAUGCUGGGUUCGAAAGGAUAGCAAAGAGGGACAACAGUGGUGAAGAGGUGAUUAGACUAGGUGGUUCUUCUUGGAAAUAAUAGGGUGGGUGGGUGCAUUGCAGAGCACCAAAUCAAAUCAGACCCAAAAACAAGACAAACUUUGUCAACAUUUUCAUUCUCCCUGUCUGGACAAUGCUGGAUAGAUGCAGUCGUGGUCACGACUGGCAUAUCGUGUAUACUAAUGUUUCAUUAUCUUCUUAAUUUUAACUUCAGAUGAUUCCAAAAUUAAACUUCAAUUGCGCAUGAACAACUUUUUCGGA